AUGGCUGCAGACCGAGAGAGGACGAGAGUGGUAACAAACUCAGAGCAUGAGAAAGUGGCUGACACUGAGAGGGAUGGAGUGGCUGAAGACACCGAAUGGGUGGGAGUGGCAGCAGACAUCGAGUGGGAGGGAGUGGCUGGAGACACCGAGUGGGACGGAGUGGCUGGAGACACCGAGCAGGAGGGAGUGGCUGGAGACACCAAGCGGGAGGGAGUGGCUGCAUACACCAAAAACAAGGCAGUGGCUGCAGGCACCGAGUGGGAGGAUGUGGCUGCAGGCACCGAGAGGGAGGAUAUGGCUGGAGGCACUGAGCGGGUGGGAGUGGUUGAAGACACCAAACGGGAGGGAGUGGCUGGAGGCACCGAGAGGGAGUGGCUGCAGACACCAAAUGGGUGGGAGGGGCUGGAGACACCAAGUACGAGGGAGUGGCUAGAGACACCGAGCAGGAGGGAGUGGUUGGAAACACUGAUCGGGAGGGAGUGGCCGAGGACACAGAAUGGGAGAGAGUGGUUGGAGACACAGAACGGGUGGAAGUGGCUGGAGACACCGAGCGGGAGGGAGUGGCUUGAGAUCCAGAAUGAACACAACCGCCUGCAGACCCUAAAUAAACUGCAAAAUCCAAUCGGGCAUACAUGGCUACACACCUUUCAUGGGCAAGAGUGGCUCUUGACCCAGAAUGGGCAAGAGUGGUUACUGAUGCAGAGUGCGCAAGAGUGGCUCCUGACCCCAGGAGGGCGAGAAUGGCUGCAUAAUACUCCGGGCGGACAAGAGUGGCUGCGGACCCCAGGUGGGCUGCAGACUGAACAUGGCCAAGAAUGGCUAUGGACAAAGAGUGGACAAGAGUGGCUGCUGACCCUGAGCGGGUGA